AUGAAUCAGGAGGAGGAUCUAGAGCAUGCUAGGUUAACUAGUACAUCUGUUCUACCUCAGCAUCAAAGGACAUCUCUGACUAACCCCCAGGGAUCAGCCGGGGUCAUUCAUCGCAUUGAAAGCAAUACCGCAUCAGUCAAACUAACUGGCAACAUCUUGACAGGACUGUCAGACUCAGAGGAAGAGUUCACAUCAUCUGGAGGUGAAUAUGAUGAACCCCAACAAGAAGAGGAAUUAAAGACUGAACUUCAAAAAGCAGAAAACAGUGGCUUGCCAGAUGAAGCAAGCUGUAUUAGUUCAGAUGUGUUGUGUAAUGAUGAGAAUACAGGUCAAAAUGUCAGUCCUGUUGAUGAUAGGGAUCGAUCUAGCUCUGCAAGCCAGUCAGAGGAGGAUCUGAGGAAAGACUAUGAGAAAAAACGUUUUAAUCCAUUUGACAAUGACAUUCACAUGGAAGAGGAUUAUUUUAAUACAUCUACUGACGCAAACAGACCACAUAGGAAGCCGUCAGAAACCAAUUCCUCAUGGACCAACCUUUCUGACAACACAGAUGGUGAAGUCACAUAUGCUGACUUAGGUUUGGCUGAGGACCACUUCUCACACCCAGAGGGACACUUUGGUCUAAGCGGCACAGAGGAAAUGGAGAUGGCUAUAGAAAACUGCAAGGACAUGAUCUUACAGGUGCCUCAGGACUCGGACAAACAGAAAAACCUGGUUCAGAAGCUGGUACAACUCCGACUGAAGCUGCAGGAAAUCAAGGAGGGACCAUUGCCGAUGGAAGAUGACGUAAAACUUGCAGUUGGACAUAAGUUUAAAUGUCAGACAAGUAGCAGUAGCAAGCAUUACUGUGAGAAAUGUAAUGCCAUGAUUCUGGGAGUUAUACAGACCUGGUUUAAAUGUACAGAAUGUGGAUAUAGUUCUCAUGAAAAGUGCUUGAACAUGAUCACAAGGACAUGUGCCAGUCUGAAAGUACUGGAAAAUCCAACAUAUACCAAUGACAUAUGCCCUACACGGGGCCUGUCCUUCCAGAAUUACAGAUGUGCUGAGUGCAGGGCCCCAAUAUCAUUUAAGCCUGGAUUCAGUGAACCGCGACUGUGUGACUACUCUGGUAACUAUUACUGUGAAAUGUGUCAUUGGAACGAUACCAUGGUCAUUCCUGCCCGCGUCCUCCACAACUGGGAUUUUGAACCUAGAAAGGUGUGCAGGGCAUCCAAACAAUAUCUAAAGUUGAUGAUGACAAAAGCUGCCAUGCAAAUACAAGAUGUCAAUCCUAUGCUCUUCAGUUUCGUUGAUGAAAUAAAUGAAAUCAAGAAACUCAGGGAGGAGAUUCUAAUCAUGAAAAAAUACCUGCUAGUGUGUGGAGAUGCUAUGAAACAGAAAUUUUUAUUGCUGCUUCGAGAACGACAGCAUUUUGUUGAGAACUGGGACACAUAUUCUAUGAAAGACCUCCUGGAGAUUCAGUCUGAUGUCCUUCUGGGUAAACUUGUCUCCAUCCAUGCUGCCUGGGCACAACACAUCAAAACAGACUGUCAGAAAUGCCAAGCAAAGGGAUUUAUCUGUGAGCUCUGUGAGAGCAAAGAGAUUUUGUUCCCAUUUGACAACAUAGCAGUUGUAUGUGCCAAGUGUUCCUCUGUUUUACACAGGCACUGCUUUGCCAAGAGAGGUGCUGAAUGCCCUAGAUGUGAAAGGAGAAGCAAACGGAAAGUGAACUGAUCUCUGUGGUCAGCGGUUAACAUGGUGCUAAUGGUGUUUAUAUUGCAUAAUGUUAUUGUUGUAUGCAUUUCAUACCUGACUGGUACAAGUAGGUCUGAAAUGAAACAUGAAUCAAUAUUGCUUAUUUAAAAAAAAUUUACGACUUGUUAGAUUAUUUGUUUUUUGUAUGAGAAAAUUUUUUUCAUUAGCUUAAUAUUUGAAAUUAAAAAGAUUACAGAAAAGAUUUAAAACACAGAACAAUAUAGAGCAAUGAUCAACAAAACAGAAUAAUGCUGAAAAAAGGAAAGCAAAGAAAGGCUAAGAAAUUAAGAAAAAGCUUUAAAACACAGAACAAUACAGAAACGUCUUGAAACCCUGAAAAACCAAGAGAAAUCUUUUUUAAAAAAAUAUUGUUACUUUUACCUGACAAAAAUUGGGUCUCUAUGACUUUCUUUGUAAGUAUUUAAAAUGAAACUGUAUUAAAACUAGAAUUGGAUUCCUUGAAUCUGUAACAUCAGUGUUUAUGAAUAUGAACCAGGAGAUAACAUGUGUAUUUGGUAUACAGUAAUUCUAUUUGGCUAAUAUCUUCUUGAAGCAUAAACUUAUUUAAUAAAUGACGUGAUAGUAGAAAAAUUGAUACAGGUAGAUAUUGUUUGUGUUGCUAAAAUUUGAUGGUACUAGUCUUUCAUGCUAUUUGUUAUGUAUAUAUUUUUGUUGUCACUAGUUUUCAUUUGUGACAAAUAGCAAAUAUUCAUCCUGUCAUAUCACCAGUAUCAUGCCAUGUCAUAAUCUUGAAAUUUCCGACUGUAUGUUUUGAAGGUUUAAAAGAACAAUUAAGAAAUCGAUACAUAUUUCAAGAAUGAUACCUGAGAAUUUGUUGUUCUGUUAAGUGUGUGUGAAACCAGGGACGUAUAUAUCAAUAUACGUCACUGGUGAAACUGAUAGUUUGAUAUUAUUUAUAACUGUUUUUGCAUUCCUACACUUUAAAAUAUCUUGUACUGUUUUAAAUCUGUAGAAAUUUGUUAUAAAAUACCAAUAAAAUCCAAAUGUAAUAUCUAUAUAACAUGUGAUGCCCAGAAACAAUUUCCAUUCUUCCACAGUCGCCUUAAACAUAGAUUCUGUCAGUCACUCCUGGAAGGUACAUCAGGGAUCCCAUGAGAUGUGUGCGCAUCAUUAGCAGGCAUAGCAUGUUUAGUUAGCAAAUAGUACAGAGGGAACUGCGUUCCUCUGACUUUAUAUCGCCUUUUAUACUUUCAUUGUCUGUUUUAUACCCCCAGAGGCAGAUUAUGGUUCUAGAUUAAAGACUCAAUACAACCUUAAUCAGUUAAACCAGUGAACUGUUUUUGAAGGUGAAUUGUAACUAGCUAUUAGAUACUGGUACUUUGGUAACUGUUCUACAAGACAUUGUCUUUUAUUAUCUAAUGCCUUUGAAGGGGACAAAUCAUCCCCUUUAGUAAUAUGAGAAUUGAUGCUAAUGUCUAGGAAUCAGUGCUAAUGUACUUAACUGGACACAAUUAAGGUUUAGCAUGAGGUCAUUGUUUGGCAUAUUAACAUAAUGAUGAAAUUGUGCAUCCACAAUAAUCGCUGUGUAAGAUACAUGCAGAAACUGUCAAUGCAAUAAUAUUUGAGCGUAAUGAUAUUACCACUGAGAUGUAUAUAUUUAUGGUAACCAUGUGUGGUUAAGGCUGUCCUUUAUUCCUGGUAUUUUUAAUCAGGUAAAACUGUUAUAUGGGAAGUAAAUGUACAUCCCUAUUUAAAUAAAA